UCUUUGAGGUAACUUUCAGAAUUGCCCGGAAUUUGGAACAUACUGUGUUUUGCUAUCUAACAUCAGUGCAGCAGAAAAAUAUGAGAAUGUUUGCUAGAUGAUUAUGAAGGAGCUGUAUUAAAAUAGUUUUGAUUGGCUUUUCGUACACAUCUGUAUUUGUGUUUCAUAUUUAAUGUCAGAGUCAUCUAAGGCUUUAAGACUGGGUUAUACCAACAAGGAUUAAAUUUUAAACCAGAUUACACUGUUCCCAUGGUCAUGAAAUUCCUGGAAAAGUUAUGCAAUUAGAAAAACUGGAAAUGGUUUGGACAGAAUGUUUUGCAAACGUUUUGAAUUCACAGUAUGUUCAUGAUAAUCCUGAAACGAGUCAAACAUUACUUGAAAUACGUUCCCUGUAUUACUUACUUAAUAUCUAGUGUUGUGAGCAUAGACUGUAUAUAUAGAUGGACGGCGUGUCUCCUCUCACCUCAACUGUACAGAAGUGAAACUAAAAUAUCCCAGUUAUGGCCAUUUCCAUCUUGCUCUGGUGACAUCAUUCAGAGCCAGCGGUGUCAAAUUUCCCGCCCGUACACCCGUCUGACCAAUCACGAGCAGCACCACUGAAUGCAAACCCGAUUGACUCACACAGUUCUCAAUCAUGUUGUAAAAUCACUGUUUUAUAGCAUUAAAUAGCUGUGUCCCAUCCGCUUACACGGGGAGGGUGGGCUUUAUGAUUUUAUACUGCAGCCAGCCACCAGGGGGUGAUUGAGAUAUUUUGGCUUCACUUUUGGGGAGCUGGCAUGUCGUCCAUCCUUCUGUACAGUCUAUGGUUGCAAGGUGUGACCGCUGAAAUGUCACUAGUAUCAUUUAAUACACAUUGGCUUAUGCAUCUUGCUGGUGACAGAAUUGUGUAAUGAGCAAGUCAAGCUAGCAAGGGCAAGCAGUUUGCUUAUCAGCAAAUUUCCUGGGAAUUGUGUGUUAAAUAAAGUAUGGAUUUCGAAUCAGAAUCAUGAUUCAUUGCUGAAGAGAGAGAGGCCGAUCCUAGCCCGGCUAAAUUGAGGCUCUGCAUCAAAACUUUUGACAUUGGCAACCUGGGGAAGCGGCUCUGGUCAGCCAUGCUAGAGGGAAAAAGGCAUUCAGACAACCAAAUUCCCGCUCAGUAGAGUACUAGGGCUUUGACUCCGAACUUCGUUAUUCAAAUAUAAUUCGAAUAUUUACAAAAAUAAAGAUAUUUGAACAAGUAUUAGGCAGUCCUUAAUAUUUGAACCUGAUAUGGGCAUUAUUUUUUGUAAAUGUGUUUGCUUGUAAACGUUGUUUUCAAUUUAGAUUCCGAGGCUUUUUCACACCUGGUGAAGUUGUGAAUUGCGAGCUCAUUAGCAAGGCUAUUAUUGGUCAUCUGGGCUCCUGUAGGUGACGUUAGCGUCCUGGUUUGCACCUAUUUUGCAUACCAGAACAAUGGCCGCGACAAUGCCUACAACAACUACGCCUGCAACUACACUCCAGACCAUCUGAAAAGCAACGUGUGGCGCUACUUUGGGUUCCCAAAGGAACAGGGAAAAAUCACGACUAAGGACAAAGUGAUAUGUAAAAUAUGUAGGACCAAACUCACAUACCACGCGACAACCAGCAACUUGAGAGCCCACCUGUCAACACUACAUCCCGGCAAGCUGGAAGAGGAGGAGGGGGAGGGAUCAGGGGCGAGGCAGGCCAGAAUUGACUCCAUGCUAUCUCCUUCACGAGACCUCCCGUAUGCCCGUCAAAACAGAGUGACAGAUUUGCUGACACGGUUCGUUUGCGAAGAUAUGAGGCCAAUUAACGUGAUAUAUGGGAGCGGGUUUCAAGCUUUCGUCCACGAACUAGAGCCAAGAUUCAAGAUCCCCUGCUACAGGACCAUGAAUGGUAAAAUAACGAAGCUGUUCGACACAACCAAAGGUGGCAUAAGGGAAAUGUUGCAUGGAGAAAAGCUCGCACUGACCACUGAUGGGUGGAGUUCUUUGGCUACUGAGUCCUAUGUUACAGUCACAGCCCAUUUCAUCGACGAGGAUUGGGAGAUGAGAAAUGUUGUCCUGGACACGUCUGAGCUUCAAACCGCUCACACAGCAGCGAAUGUCUCCACAUGCAUUGAUAGUAUUCUACGAGACUACCACGUUGAGUGGGAGUCUGUGCUUGCCAUCACAACAGACAAUGCGACCAACUAUGUCAACGCUGUAGAGAGGUACUUGGGGAUCACGGAUAUCCCGUGCAUGGCUCACACAAUUAACUUGGCAACGAGAAAAGGGCUUGCAGAGCGUUCCGUUGCAACAACAGUUAGUCACCUGAAGGCUGCCACUCAGCAUUUCAAGCACUCCCCUACAGACAGCUACCUCCUUGAGUCCAAGCAGAAACUCCUUGGUCUCAAACCAGUCCAGCUCAUCAACGACUGCCCCACCCGCUGGAACAGUACGUACGAUAUGAUCUGUCGGGCAGCUGAUCAACAAGCCGCUGUUGCAGCGGUGAUAAUGGAGAAGAAACUCAGCCGUCUGGAGCUCAGCAGUGUAGAGUGGACCCUGAUGGAGAAGGUGAAAGAUGUGCUGAAGCCGUUCAAAGUAGCCACCCAGGCGCUGUCAACAGAAAACUACCCAACAGCAUCAGCGGUACUCCCCCUGCAGUAUGUACUUCUGACACAACUCAAUCCCUCCACCGAUGACCCGGCAGGACUGAAAGAGAUGAAAACAAUGAUGUCAACUGAUCUGAAGGCACAAUAUGGCCCAGACAAAGAUGCAUUCUUCCUACUGAACACAGCCAGCUACCUCGACCCGCGUUUUCACCGACUGGUUCAUUUGGAACCAGUCGGCAACCAAACUCGGCAGGAGUCAGACCGAAUGAAGAUGUUCUCCAAAGAGAAAUGAUGGCCUACGACAGUGAGCCCCCACCCCCGUCUGACAGCAACCCGCUGUCCUGGUGGAAGGAGAGAAGCCUCAAGUACCCCAUCUCGCCCAGCUGGCAUGCGGCUACCUGGCAAUAUGCGGGACAUCUGUGAGGGCGGAACGAGUGUUUUCCACAGCCGGGAACAUAGUCACAAAGCAACGCUCUUCUCUAGAGCCAGAAAAUGUGAAUCACCUUGUCUUUUUGGCAAACAACCUAAAAAAGUCUGCAGCCAGAUAAACUGUAGCCAGCCAGAUAGCCCAUAAUGGCGAGUUCUAAUUUAGCCUAGGCCUACAUGUUUGAUUGUUGGAGAUAUAGCCCUGCAUCUCGAAGAGUUCUA